AAAAUAUAAAUGCUAAGAUAUAAUAAGAUCCUUGGGUUCCAGAAAAGUUCAUCUAGAAGACCUACAUUGCAUGGGUUAUUGAAACUAUCACAAUGAGGUUACUCCAAGCUGAACUCGGAUGAUGUCACUCACUUUAAAUCUAUUUUGAGCAAGCCAGAGAUAUCAGUCGUUGAGGACCAAGAUGAUAUUGCAUCCUAUAACUCUGAUUGGUGGAAUCUGAUGAGAGGGAAGUCUCAGAUGGUCCUUAGACCAUCCUCGACUGAGGAAGUUAGUCAGGUACUUAAGUACUGCAACUCUAGACAUCUUCCUGUCGUUCCUCAAGGAGGGAAUACUGGCCUUGUAGGAGGAAGUGUCCCUUUGAAUGAUGAAAUUAUUAUCUCUCUUAACAGAAUGAACCAAAUUAUUGGAUUCGACAGCAGUUUUAGUAUCGUUAAAACACAAGCAGGAGUGGUAUUACAGAGAUUGAUUGAUUAUUUGCAGCCAUUUGGAUAUAUGCCUCCUGUAGAUUUGGGAGCUAGAGGCAGCUGUCAGAUAGGAGGAAACCUGGCCACCAAUGCAGGCGGGAUAAAGUUACUGAAAUAUAACUCCUUGCACGCUAAUACUAUUGGACUCAAAGUCGUGCUUCCUGAUGGUACAAUCCUUGAUGACAUGAGAGCCUUAAGAAAAGACAACACUGGGUAUCAUCUUAAGCACUUAUUCAUUGGAAGUGAGGGCACUCUUGGAAUAAUAACAGAAACUGCAAUUUUAUGCCCAAAAAUUUCUGCAGCAAGUAAUGUUGCUCUAUUUGCUCUCAACAGCUUUGAUCACGUGCAGGAAGUACUGACCGCAUCAAAGGAGUUUCUAUCUGAGAACUUAACAGCGAUUGAGUACUUUGACAAAGAGUGUAAUCUAAUCAUGAAGGAUAAUACAAAGAUUUUUAAUCCAUUAGGAUAUGCUCAUAAUUACUAUCUCUUAAUAGAGAUAUCUAAUUUUGACGAUACUUCUGAUGUAGAGACUAAUACCAAAGCCAUUGAACAGAAGUUCUUCAAAUUCUUUGAGCAGGUCAGCGAUUACGUACAGGAUGGAGUCAUAGCACAAGAUAAGUUCCAAUUCAAUUCUAUAUGGGAGCUCCGAGAGCGCAUCGUGGAAGGGUUUGUCUCUCAAGGCCUUGCCUUUACGUAUGAUUUCUCCCUCCCCAUUGAUAAAUUCCCUGCUUUUGUAGAGAGGAUGAGCGAUAGACUUGGAAAUCAUGCGAGAACAGGAGGGUAUGGACAUAUAGGUGAUGGGAAUAUCCAUGUCCAAGCCUCAAUCAAAGGCCACGAUGACUUAGAGCUUUACCAAAAAUUAGAAACAAAAUUAGAACCAUGGGUAUUUGACCUAGUUGAAGAAUUUGAAGGAAGUAUUAGUGCAGAGCAUGGUAUUGGUUCCUUCAAAUCCCCAGAGCUACAUCGUAACAAAAGCGAUGAAAUGAUUAAAACAAUGGGCCAAAUGAAGCAAAUAUUUGAUCCAAAUAGAAUUCUUAACCCUAAUAAAUUGUUUCAAUAG